CUGUUUUACUGGUGCUGCUGUUGUUUUUAUGUUGCAUAUAUGGGAGGAACCAAGAAUUUUUCUUGGCUGAAUUCAAUUUUUAAUUUAGUGUUAAUUUAAUUUUGGUUGUAUGUUUAUUUCAAACAUAAUAUUAUUUGAUGUUUUGUGAGUGACGAUGCAGAAUAUCGAAAGUAAGUCGUCUGGACUCAAAAAGAGGGAAAGUAGAUCAAAAUCUAUGGAGAAAGAAGAAACAAAACAUGGAAAAAAACGGCCGAGAAAAUCGAGAUCUAGAUCUCUUGAAAAUGGCCAAGGAAAGAAAAAAUCACAAGAUUAUGAUGAUCUUCCAAAGGACUAUCCAAGAUAUUAUGGUGAAGAUCGGCCAAAUAGUGACAGAUAUUGGAAUAAGUAUCCAAGAAAAGAUAACAUAAAAGUUGGUCAGAGAUAUUAUGAAGCUGGAUGUGAGAAGAAAGAAAAAAAACGAGAGGAGAAGCCAGCCAUUGAUAAGGAACCUGAAGACAAAUCUGUUAUAAAACCUCGAGAAAGAAAAACAGUGGAUCUCUUAACUUCUAGGACUGGCGGUGCUUACAUCCCCCCUGCAAAAUUGAGAAUGAUGCAGGAAAGUAUUACUGAUAAGUCUUCUGCUGCUUAUCAGCGCAUUGCAUGGGAAGCUCUCAAGAAAUCUAUCCAUGGAUAUAUCAACAAAAUUAAUACAUCCAAUAUUGGUAUAAUUGCCAGGGAACUGCUUCAUGAGAACAUAGUAAGAGGUAGAGGUCUGCUAUGUAAAUCUAUCAUUCAGGCCCAAGCAGCUUCUCCUACAUUCACCAAUGUUUAUGCUGCCCUUGUAGCAGUUAUAAAUUCUAAAUUUCCAAAUAUAGGUGAACUCUUAUUGAAGAGGUUAGUACUUCAAUUCAAAAGAGGAUUUAAACAAAAUAACAAGGUCAUCUGUAUAUCAGCCACAACAUUUGUUGCCCAUUUGGUAAAUCAGAAAGUGGCUCAUGAAAUUUUAGCAUUGGAGAUUCUCACUCUGCUGGUUGAAUCACCAACCGACGAUUCUGUUGAAGUGGCAAUUUCUUUCUUGAAGGAAUGCGGACAAAAACUCACAGAGGUAUCCAGUAAAGGUAUAACAGCUAUAUUUGAAAUGUUAAGAAAUAUUCUUCAUGAGGGAAAGUUGGAAAAACGAAUUCAGUAUAUGAUAGAAGUUAUGUUCCAAAUUCGGAAAGAUGGCUUCAAAGAUCAUGCAGCUGUCUUGGAAGAACUGGACAUAGUGGAAGAGGAAGAUCAGUUCACCCACUUGAUUACCUUGGAAGAUGUGAAGCAAGUUGAUACUGAAGAUAUUUUGAAUGUCUUCAAGUUUGAUGACAAGUAUGAAGAAAAUGAAGGAAAGUACAAGACACUCAGCAAAGAGAUACUGGGAAGUGAUAGCGAGUCAGGGUCUGGAUCUGAAGGUUCUGAAGACGGUUCCGAAGACGAUGAAGAAGAUGAAGAAGUGAAGGAUCAAGGAAAAAUAAUAGACAAUACCGAAACUAAUUUGAUAGUUUUGAGAAGGACAAUAUAUCUUACAAUACAGUCUAGUUUGGAUUUUGAAGAAUGUGCUCACAAACUCCUAAAAAUGGAACUCAAACCAGGACAGGAAAUAGAACUCUGUCAUAUGUUUUUAGAUUGUUGUGCCGAACAGCGUACAUAUGAGAAGUUUUAUGGGUUAUUGGCGCAAAGGUUUUGCCAAAUUAAUAAAAUUUAUAUUGAGCCUUUUCAAAAAAUUUUUAAAGAUACAUAUGCCACUACUCACAGACUUGAUGCCAACAGACUAAGGAAUGUUAGUAAAUUCUUUGCUCAUUUACUGUUUACCGAUGCAAUUAGUUGGGAAGUUUUAGAAAUAAUGAAACUCAAUGAAGAAGAUACUAAUAGUUCCAGUAGAAUAUUCAUUAAAAUCCUCUUUCAAGAACUUGCAGAAUAUAUGGGCCUUGGGAAGUUGAAUACCAGACUGAAAGAUGAAACUCUUCAGGAGCAUUUUGCUGGUUUGUUUCCAAGAGAUAGUCCUAAAAACACGAGAUUUUCUAUUAAUUUCUUUACGUCUAUUGGUCUUGGAGGAUUAACAGAUGAACUAAGGGAACAUCUGAAAAAUAUUCCUAAAAACACUGAAUUGAAUUUAGCAGUUGGGAAAGAAAGCAGUAGCAGCAGUAGCUCUAGCAGUUCCAGCGAAACAAGUUCUGAAGAAAGCAGUGAUGAAUCAUCAAGUUCAGAAGAUGAAAAGCAGAAUAGAAGAGGAAAAGUUUAUAAAAAGAAAAAUGAAAUAGAGAGAAAAGGUGAUCAUCAUAGUACCAAGAAAAAAGAAAGAUAUACCUCAAAAGAUGAUCACAAACAAGAAAAUGAGAGACAUAACGAUUCAAGUGAUAGAAGAAAAAAAAAAGAUUAUGAAAGGGUUAAAAGUAGAUCUGAAGACAAUGGCCAUCGAUUGAAGAAUGAGCGGAGAGUUUUUGAGAAACAUAUUUCUGAAAAACGAUCACAAUCUAAAGAUCAUGGGAAAUAUGAAAAAAGUAGACGUCACAAAAAUAAGGAUGACAGAGAACGCAGGAAUAGUUGAAUACUUAUUUAUUUUUUUGGUGUAAAAUAUAGUUUCAAAAUGUUUUUAUUAAAUAUUUUUGUUUUUA